CUCUAUUCGCUAUUCAAGAUGGCGGCCGUGUGGCGUUCUCGGAGCGCAUUUGCACGCUUUUUCGUCGGAAAACCCGGCCGCAUCCUGAACAACGCUUCGGAUUUGGGUGCAAAACUUACACCAGACUCGAUAUCGGCUACCAGUAAGAAAAACUAUUCAAAUUAUGCACAUUCACCGUUUGUUAAGAACAUCAAAGAACAGUAUGAAUUUGAAAUCGUAAAAAAUCCCCCUGAAUGGGCAUACGUGGAACGCUUAAUGCCAUUUGAAACUAUUCCCGACGUAAAACCAAAAGAUACAUAUCCUUCAGGAUGGAUACCGCCGAAAGAAGAAGCAAAAAAUCUACCAUACUUUAUUGCAAGAACUAAAAACCACCAAUUGCCAAUAUAUUUAGAUCUAUCUUAUAGAGGAAUGCGAAAGAUAUCUAUAAUUAAGAAGAUUGAAGGCGAUAUUUGGUUACUCAAUGAUUUAAUUAAAGAACAUUUGCAAAAAACACAAAAGCGUUACGUAGAAACAAGGGUACAUGAAUUGGGAAGAUUUAUUGAAGUAAAAGGUGAUUUCGUGACGACUCUUUGUGAUUGGGCUUAUGCUCAAGGAUUUUAGAUUGAGAAUGUAUUUUCGAUAAAUUAAUUAAAAAAACUUAACUAGAA